GAGUUGUGGAGGGUAAGGAGGGAGGCCAGGGGGCGCGGAGUGAGAGUGGCGCAGCAAGUGUCUGCAGGCGGCAGCGGCGGCGGCGGAGGGUCGGGGUGAGGCGGGGUCCCUGCGGCGGAGCGGGCGCGAAGGGGCCAGGAGACACCCCGGCGCCACCCGGCCUGCCGGCCCUGGGACCGGAGCCCCCGCCGCCGCCUGGGGAACAUGGACCUCAACCGGAUCAUCCAGGCGCUGAAGGGCACUAUCGACCCGAAGCUGCGCAUCGCAGCCGAGACGGAGCUGAACCAGUCCUACAAGAUUAUUCAUUUUGCCCCCAGCUUGCUUCAGAUCAUUGUCUCAGACCAUGUGGAGUUUCCUGUGCGUCAGGCAGCUGCCAUCUACCUGAAGAACAUGGUGACACAGUACUGGCCGGACAGGGAGCCUCCACCAGGAGAAGUGAUCUUCCCAUUCAAUAUUCAUGAGAAUGACCGGCAGCAAAUCCGUGACAACAUCGUGGAAGGGAUAAUUCGGUCUCCGGAUCUGGUGAGAGUCCAGUUAACAAUGUGUCUCCGAGUCAUCAUUAAGCAUGAUUUUCCUGGCCAUUGGCCUGCAGUGGUCGACAAGAUAGACUACUACUUGCAGUCACCAAACAGUGGGAGCUGGCUUGGCAGCUUGCUCUGCUUGUAUCAGCUAGUGAAGACCUACGAAUAUAAGAAAGCAGAGGAACGAGAGCCUCUCCUGGCAGCCAUGCAGAUCUUCCUGCCUCGAGUUCAGCAGCGGGCCCUGCACUUGCUCCCCGAUGCCUCCCAUUACUCUGUGCUGCUGCAGAAACAGAUUCUGAAAAUCUUCUAUGCCCUUGUUCAGUACACACUGCCUCUUCAGCUGGUGAAUCACCAGACCAUGACGACGUGGAUGGAGAUCUUUCGCACCAUCAUUGACAGGACAGUCCCUCCGGAGACGCUGCAGGUUGACGAGGAUGAGCGGCCGGAGCUGGUGUGGUGGAAGUGUAAGAAGUGGGCGCUCCACAUCGUCGCUCGUCUCUUUGAACGGUACGGAAGCCCAGGAAAUGUCACAAAAGAAUACUUUGAAUUUUCUGAAUAUUUUUUGAAAACCUAUGCAGCAGGAAUUCAGCAGGUGCUACUCAAAAUUUUAGAUCAAUACAGACAGAAAGAGUAUAUAGCGCCCCGUGUUCUUCAGCAAGCCUUCAACUAUCUCAGCCAAGGCAUUGUCCAUGCUGUGACCUGGAAGCAGAUGAAGCCACAUAUACAGAGCAUCUCUGAAGAUGUGAUCUUCUCUGUGAUGUGCUAUAAAGAUGAGGAUGAGGAGCUGUGGCGAGAAGACCCGCAUGAGUACAUAAGGAUGAAAUUUGAUAUUUUUGAAGAUUAUGCUUCUCCCACCACAGCAGCCCAGACCCUCUUGUAUACAGCUGCGAAGAAAAGGAAAGAGGUGUUGCCAAAAAUGAUGGUGUUCUGUUAUCAAAUACUAACAGACCAGAACUUUGACCCUAGGAAGAAAGAUGGAGCCCUGCAUGUGAUCGGUUCCUUGGCUGAGAUUUUGUUGAAGAAGAGUUUAUUCAAGGACCAAAUUGAGCUGUUCCUGCAGAAUCAUGUAUUUCCAUUACUGCUCUCUAACCUGGGAUAUCUCCGAGCUAGAUCCUGCUGGGUGUUGCACGCCUUUAGCUCUCUGAAGUUUCACAAUGAAGUCAACCUCAGAAAUGCCGUUGAGUUAGCAAAGAAGAGCUUGACUGAGGACGAGGAGAUGCCCGUCAAGGUUGAAGCUGCCCUCGCACUGCAGUCGCUCAUCUCUAACCAGGUGCAAGCCAAGGAGCACAUGAGACCACAUGUGAGACCCAUCAUGCAGGAGUUGCUGCAUAUUGUCAGAGAGACAGAGAACGAUGAUGUCACCAAUGUCAUCCAGAAGCUGAUCUGCGAGUACAGUCGAGAGGUGGCCUCCAUCGCUGUCGACGUGACCCAGCACUUGGCUGAGAUAUUUGGCAAAGUUCUUCAAAGUGAUGAGUAUGAAGAAAUUGAGGACAAAACUGUCAUGGCCAUGGGGAUUUUACACACUAUUGACACCAUCUUAACAGUUGUGGAAGAUCAUCAGGAGAUCACACAGCAGCUGGAGAACAUCUGCCUGCGAAUCAUCGACCUUGUCUUGCAGAAGCAUGUCUUUGAAUUCUAUGAGGAAAUCUUUUCCUUGGCGUACAGUCUAACCUGCCAUGCUGUCUCACCGCAGAUGUGGCAGCUCCUGGGCAUUUUAUAUGAAGUUUUCCAGCCGCCUUGCUUCGAGUACUUUACAGACAUGAUGCCUCUCCUGCAUAAUUACGUGACAGUAGACACCAACACCCUGCUGUCAAAUCCAAAGCACUUAGAAGUCUUGUUCACAAUGUGCAGGCAGAUACUGUGUGGAGAUGUGGGAGAGGAAGCUGAGUGCCACGCUGCCAAACUCUUGGAAGUCAUCAUCCUUCAGUGCAGAGGACGGGGCAUCGACCAGUGUAUCCCGCUGUUUGUUCAGCUCGUCUUAGAGAGAUUAACCCGUGGGGUCAAGACCAGCGAGCUGCGCACCAUGUGUCUUCAGGUGGCCAUUGCGGCUCUCUACUAUAGCCCUGAGCUGCUGCUCCGCACACUGGAACAAGUCCAGCUGCCACACAACCCUGGACCCGUCACUUCCCAGUUCAUCAACCAGUGGAUGAACGACACCGAUUACUUCCUUGGGCACCACGACAGGAAGAUGUGUAUAAUUGGCUUGAGCAUCCUCCUGGAGCUGCAGAACCGACCUCCUGCUGUGGAUGCUGUGGCCGCGCAGCUUCUCCCCUCCAUUCUCUUCCUCUUCCUUGGCCUGAAGCACGUGUGUGCCACACGGCAGCUACUCAACCGUGAGGACCGCUCAAAAGCAGAGAGAGCUGACGCGGAGGACGAUGAAGAGAUUUCCAGUGAGGAGGAGGAGACCAAUGUAACUGCUCAAGCUACGCAGUCACAAAUUGGCCGAGGCGAGGAGGAUGAAGAUGACGAUUGGGAUGAGGAAGUGCUGGAGGAGACGGCCCUGGAGGGCUUCAGCACCCUGCUGGACCUGGACAACAGUGUGGAUGAGUACCAGUUCUUCACACAGGCCUUGCUGACUGUGCAGAAUCGCGACGCCGCCUGGUACCAGAUGCUCGUGGCUCCACUCAGUGAGGACCAGAGAAGAAAGCUGCAGGAGGUGUACACGGUGGCAGAGCACCGACGGACGCAGGCAGGUCAGCCCGUCCUUCCCACACUGGGGUUGUGUGGCAGAGCCCACCUCUGCCUUACUUGAUUUUAAUGCUGAAGA